UAACAGGCUUGACUUCUCUGCUCUGUACCACAUUCUCUGAUUCUUUCCCACUUUAUAAACUCACACCCUUUCCAACGGGCCCUUCCAACAGUUCUAAGAUCAGAAAAGAAAAUGAAAGAAACUGUAGAAAAACCCCACCGUAUCCCUGAAGAAGAAGAAGCAGAACACGGCGGCGAAGGAGAGAUAUUCGGCGUAAUCUUAAGCCGGAGCCGAUCGGUUUCGGCUGCAAUUCAUUUACAGCAAUCCGCCGCCACGAAUAAGGCUGAUGAGAAUAGCAUUUUUAGCGAAAGUGCAGCCGGAAAGACGUCGUUCAGCAAGAGGAGAAAAUCAGUUUCAUCAGCAUCUGGUGGAGGCUAUUGCAGGAUCCAUCACCAGCAUUUCAUUAUUGGGGCAGAGCAUGGUGGUGGGGAUGGUCCUCAGCUCAAGGAUUCACAGAAAAUAACAGAAAAGAAGAAGAAGAAAGGCAAUAGGGUUCUUACAGCCUGCAUGAGGUUACUGGGAUUUUGAUUGAAUGCUUCCAUUUAUUUCAUUUCCCAAGUGUUAAAUGUAACUAUGUAAGUUCUUUUUAUGGGUUAACUUGAACUGUAUUAUUGUUGAUUUGUUUAGAGUUAAUACCAUUUAAAAGUUGUCUCUCUUAUUGUCUCUAUCUUCUUGUCAUUCUUGUUGUACACAAAUUUGUACCCAAAUUGCACACAUGAGAUUAGGUGUGUGUACACUUUGUAUACUAAUUUCGUGUACAAAUGUAAUUUUCCUCUAUCUUUAGGAGCGUGCCCAUGUCAUUUGGUGGCUUAUUCAGCUUAUCGCAUAA